CUCUAUCCGUCCUCUCCUCUGUUGCUGACACCGACGACCACCGGCGGUACAUUUUCCGGCCGGCUAGAGCCUCUCUCUCUCUCUUUUUUUCCUUUCUCUUUCCUCCUCUACCCUGCACCAGGAAAUCCUCCCCCAGUAGGUUUCCGGUCAGGUCUGCACAGGUAUACAAGUAUCCGGCAGAAUACGGCGGCGAACAGUGAUUCUCGGCGGUGAACAGUAUUUUCCGGCGUGAACAGGUUCUUUUUACCUGGAGCUGGUACCUCCAGUAGGCAGUAUCCAUUUAGCCUUUCAAAUUUUGCCUGCUUUACUUUAUUGUAUAUUUGUUUCACUUUGUUGCCUUUAGCUUAACUUGUGCUUUAGUAUUGACCUCUAUUUGUCUUGGAUAAACCUUCGACUAGUGUUUGUUUGCUUUAGUGGCUUUAGUGAGGGAUGGUAGACUAAGGUCAUGUUCUCGGUCGGGGACGGGGCUAGGGGUAGGGGGUUAAGGGAGCUUCUAGGUUGAGAAUAGGGUCUUGGAACAUUAAGACUUUAACGGGAAAGUCUAUAGAGCUAGUUAAGAUUCUUAAGAAGAGGAUGAUUAAUAUUGCUUGCGUCCAGGAGACGAAAUGGGUAGGACCUAAAGCUAAGGAGGUGGACGGGUAUAAGCUUUGGUUCUCGGGUAAGUCGGGAGACAGGAAUGGGGUAGGCAUCUUAGUUGAUAGUGAGCUAAGGGAUCAGGUGGUCGAGGUUAGAAGGGUUAAUGACAGGAUGAUGACGAUUAAGUUGGUCGUUGGAGGGUUCACCCUGAACAUUAUUAGUGCUUACGCAUCACAAGUAGGCUUGGGCGAGGAGGUUAAGAGGUGUUUUUGGGAGGAUUUGGAUAAAGUGGUAGGAGGUAUACCGCUUACUGAGAAGUUAUUUGUAGGAGGAGAUUUCAAUGGACACAUUGGGUUUGUUUCGAGGGGUUAUGAUGAUGUGCAUGGGGGUUUUGGCUUUGGAGACAGGAACAGAGGAGGAGUCUCACUCCUGGAUUUCGCUAGGGCUUUUGGCUUGGUGGUAGCUAACUCGAGUUUCCCUAAGAAGGAGGAGCACUUGGUAACCUUUCGUAGCUCGGUGGCUGCGACGCAGAUAGACUUUUUGCUCCUUAGAAAGGAUGAUAAAGGCCUUUGUAAAGACUGCAAGGUCAUUCCGAGUGAGAAUCUUACGACCCAACAUAAGCUAUUGGUGAUGGAUUUGGAGAUCAAGAGGAAGAAGAAGAAGAGGGUCGCCGAUGACCGACCGAGGAUCAGGUGGGGGAGUUUGACUUUGUCUAGUGCCUAAGAAUUAGAGGAGAAGUUGAUAGCUUUAGGGGCAUAGGAGAGCAGGGGAGAUGCGAGCAGUAUGUAGGAUAGGACGUCCAGUUGCAUUAGAGAAGCAGCUAGAGAGGUUCUAGGAGUCUCAAGAGGUCGUC